AUGGCCUGUCACAACCGCUGCAGUCCCUGCGGACCCACCCCACUGGCCAACAGCUGCAACGAGCCCUGUGCCCUGCAAUGCCAGGAUUCCCACGUCAUCAUCAACCCUUCCCCUGUGCUGGUCACCCUGCCAGGACCCAUCAUGACCUCCUUCCCCCAGAACACCGCCGUCGGAUCCACCUCCUCCGCUGCUCUGGGCACUGAGCUCAAUGCCCAGGGACAGCCCAUCUCUGGUGGAUUUGGCUUUGGUGGCUUUGGCUACGGCCUGGGAGGCCUGGGCUGCUAUGGCAGGAGGGGCGGCUCCAUCUGCUAA